AUGCGACGCCAACAACAGGGCCUCCUCUCCCUCGUCCUGCCGCUGCUCGCCAGCGGCCAGAGCCUGGUGACGGGCGACCCGCCCGCCAACGGCGCGGGGCCCUACGGCAUCCCGGAGGACAAGUUCCGGCAGGCGCUGUCCUCCUCCCCCGCCUCCGAGGUCUCCGCCGCCAGCUACCCCGUGCCGGGCUACCGGGUCGACGCGCCCUCGACGGACGGCAACGCCAGCGGCAGCGACCUGCAGGACGACAGCUGGCGGCUGGGCAUCGACGUCUACGCCAACGUGCCGCUGCGCGACGUGCCGCGGGCCAGCGACGCCGACAAGGGCAAAUACGCGCGCGUGACGACCGUCUCGCUCGGCCACUCCCCCGCCGUCGACAUGGGCGCGUCGUGGCGGCUGUGCGCGACGGUGUACCUAGGGCUAGCGGCGGCGGCGGCGGACGCGAGCAAGAAGCAGGCCGGCGACGACGACGACGGCACCUGCGCGCAGCUCCUGCCGAGCGACUGCCUGAAGCAGCUGCAGGUGCAGGCCGAGUCGCGGGGCAUCGCCGCCGACGGGACGUGCAGCACGCCCGGGGUGCCGCCCAAGUGCGAGGAGCACAUCGUCGGCAACGGGACGGCCUUUGGUGAGCGGUGCCAGCCUUUAUACCUACCUACCUACCUACCUUCCUUCCCCUUCUGA